AUGCCAGUCAUCGGACGCAGCAGUAUCUUUGUCUGGACGCUCUUUGUCUUCGUCAUACUCCAGCUCGGAGUCGGUCUUGCUCCAAAUCUAGCAACAUUUCUUCUCUUCCGUACGUUGACGGGCUUUUUCGGCAGCCCAUGCCUGGCCACGGGAGCAGGCACCGUUACCGACAUCUUCGCUCUGGACCAAAUCCUUGUUUACGUUUGCAUAUGGAGUUCUUUUGGAAUUUUGGGUCCCAUUUUUGGACCUAUAAUCGGUGGUUAUGUUGCUCCGGUCAAAGGCUGGUCGUGGACGAUAUGGAUAUUCACAUGGCUAUGCGCACUCGUACUGUUGGUGAUGUUCUUCUUCCUUCCAGAGACGAGUGGAGCAAACAUACUGCAUAACAGAGCAAAGCGUUUGAGACGACUGACCGGAAACAAGCGAUUCAGAAGCCAGAGCGAGAUCGACGCCACCAACUACACCAUGCAAGACCACCUGAUGGUGCUCGCGAGAGCAUUUACGCUGACGUUCACGGAGCCAAUCGUUCUGCUCAUGGAUUUUUACACAGGUCUUUUGUACGGAGUCCUCUUCAUUUGGUUCGAAUCAUUCCCCAUCGUCUUUGGUGAGAUCUACGGCUUCGACGUCGGAGAGCAAGGCCUGGUAUUUCUCGGCAUCUUCGUGGGUUCGUUCAUCACCGCUCCUUUGGUCAUCCUCUGGCUCCGAGUGAGGAUCGUCCCGAGGGUUAGUAGUCCGACCUUCAAGCCUGAAAUGCUUUUGCCUCCCGCGUUCGCCGGUUGCCUAGCUUUUCCUGUCUGUCUUUUCUGGUACGGAUGGUCUGCCCGACCAAGCAUACAUUGGAUCAUGCCCAUCAUUGGCACAAGCUUCUUCGGAAUCGGUAUUGUCACUCUGUUCAACUCAGUGUUUAACUACCUGGCGAUGUCGUAUCCAUCCGAGUCAGCAUCCAUCUUCGCAGGAAACGCGCUCUUUAGGGCAGCUUUUGGCGCAAGCUUUCCUCUCUUUGCUCGGACGUUCUUCAGGAAGCUCGGCAUUGGUGCCGGUAACUCGCUUCUCGGAGGCAUUGCGACAUGCUUCAUCCCCGUCACGUUCGUGUUGUACCGUGUAAGUACCGUGUAA